GUUAUGUAAAUACUUUAAGUUAUGAAAAAAAUCCAGAAGGUACACUGGUUCUUAGGGAUGUUAUCCACUACCCUGAAAGAAAGUGUAUUUAUUGUGGGAGAUGUGUUCCGGAGGGAAGUGAAAAAUGUUUCUUUUGUGGUAACUGGGUAGAGCCAAAUUCAGGACCAUGUGAAUCACAAAAUGUUAAUGAUGGAGUAAAUGUUAAACCAAAAACCCCAGGGAUAUUUAGGAGGUUGUGGAACUUUGCUAGUAGUCCUAACAGAGAUCCAAGAGGAAUAUCUUGUAAAAAUUAUAAUGUAAUGCCUGUUAGAGUUAGUAGUCAUGCUAAUCCCAGACAUACAACUAAUUUGUUACCUAAUGAUGACGGAUACAUUGCAGAAUAUGUGGAACAGGAACAGUAUAUACCAUGGUUCCCCUCAGACAUUAUGCGAAUUGUAAAUGAGUUACCAAAUAUCAGAAAAAGCCCAGCAGAAUUUGAAAAAAAGAUUAAACAAGUGUAUCUUGUGUAUAGACCAUGUUGGGUUGAUUUAGAACAGAUUCUUAGAGCGUCUAUAGGAAUAGGUGAAUAUAAUAUGCUUCUUGCCAUAGCUGCUCAGGAGGCAGAUGGUGAUAGAGGGAAAAUUGAGAAUGCUCCCCUUGAAGCCAACCGCUAUACUAUGGCUUCAGGCUCACAACUGUUGUAUAGAGUACAAGUCAGAUGUCAGCAAAUCAGAGACACUGCACCAGCUGAGCCUGAUCUGAUACAGAAAAACCUCAGCAUAAGGGAGUAUUAUGACAGACUUUCUGUCAAACAAGAGAAUGAAGGUUUUCCCAUUGCAGAGCCUAAUAAUGCCAGAUUGUUCAAGACUAGAUUCCUUAAUGGACUUAGACCUGAAUACAGGCAGCAGUUGUAUGCUGUCAGACCAGAAGCAAAUUUGAUGAACAUUACCUCAUUAGUAGAAGUCCUAGAAGGAAUUCAGGACAAUGAAAGAGGAAAACAGGAUAAAAAAACAUCCAAAACGCCAGCUGUUACUAUACAUGUGGUACAGGCUGCCCAGUCUAACACCAAGACACAUAAGGUCCAAAACCAAGGUAGAGGUGUUAAUAACUCCAGGCCCUACACUACAAGGGAUGUACAAGGUGAAGACAUGACUGGUAAAUGUUUUUGGUGCAAGAUUACAGGUCAUCAGAAGAAAGAUUGCAGAAAAUACCGUGCGUGGCUGAAGUCUAAGGAUGGUGUUCCAGCUUUCACAGUAGAACGGGAAUGACAGAUUCCUGCUCCGGGGUCCACCUGCUCAAGCAACACCUACACUGACCCCAUUAAAGGUACUGUUAUGCUUACUCUACCUACAGGAAACACCCUGGAAUGCCUUUUGGACACUGGAGCAGCAGUCACUGUACUUAAGAAAACUGAUGUCCCAAAAGAACUUUUAACCAAUCACUAUGUUAAUGGGACAGGACUGGGAGGACGGCCCCUCCCUCUUCAAAGAAGUAAGCCAACUUCUCUCUUUAUAAAUGAUGAACUUACACCUGUACCCAUUGAAUUUCUGACUUCACCUACAUGCCCAGUAAAUUUGUUGGGAGCUGAUAUCCUUAGCAUCAUGCAAGCUACUAUUCAGUAUACUCCACAAGGAAUCAAGUACACCAGCAAUAUUCCAGCUAUUAUGAAGCCUAACAUUGAAGCAGCAAUUGAAGUUUACCUACUGCAAGAAACUGCCAAGUCAAGCUCAGAACUAACCCUCCCAGAAUGGGUUACUUCUCAAGUUCCAGACAGACUAUGGUCAAAAGGAAAGAUGGAUACUGGACUACUACGAGUUCAACCUGUCCACCUACAGCUCAAGCCUGGAACCAUACCUGUCUCAAUCAGACAGUAUCCUCUCACCCCAGCACAAACUGAAGCUAUUACAAAGCAAAUCCAAGCCUUUCAAGAGAAUGGGAUCAUUGUCCAGUGUAGAUCCCCAUGGAAUACUCCAUUGUUUCCUGUGAAAAAGAAAGGUCAAGGUCAAAGUCAAGG